CGCAGACUGCGCAUGCUCAGUGUAGUACCCGGUCAUGGCGGCGGUGUGUGUUUGUCCAUGAGGUGCGGGGGGACGCCUGCCAUUCCUGCGGUGUGUGACAGAGACAUCCGAGCGAAGCGCUGCCAUGGCUGGAGUGUUUGACAUUGAUUUGGAUCAGCCGGAGGACAAUGUCUCCGACGAUGAGUGCGAGGAGGUUCAAAUCAAUGAUAUCAUGGAUCAGUGCAGUGGAUUUGAAUUCAACAUGGACGACUGUGAGAAGAUUGAGAUAUCGGAGGACAAUGUCAAUCAGGGGACGGAGAACAUUAGACCUGAGUGCUUUGAGCUGCUGCGGGUCCUGGGGAAAGGUGGCUAUGGAAAGGUUUUCCAAGUUCGAAAAGUUGUCGGUGCUGCUUCAGGCAAAAUAUUUGCCAUGAAAGUUUUAAAAAAGGUAACUUAAUUUUUUCCUCUGCCAGCUGCUCUCAGUAUGUGUUAUGUUAACAAUCUGCAUGCUUGUUAUUAUAAAUAAGUAUUCUGCUCCUGUCUGAAAAUAUUGGCUGUCCUUGAAGCCAGUGGUGGGGUAAGAUUUCACUGCUAGUUGGUAAAAUGCCAUUUGUGCUUCUCUGCUGCAGCCUUGGCACUUGCAGUUCUCUGCCUCAGUCUCUUAGAUACUGCUUGAUAUUCACACUGCUUCCGCUUUAUUUUUC